AUGGUCAGGGAACUGAUAGAUCAUGUGGAAGAUUUGGCCGUGGCUCCGCUCACCAUCACUUACGUGAGAGAGAAAGUCAUUGACUUCUCAAAGCCGUUUAUGACUUUGGGAAUCUCCAUUCUCUACCACAAACCUAACGGGACAAAUCCAGGUGUGUUCUCGUUCCUGAACCCUCUGUCUCCAGACAUCUGGAUGUACGUGCUGCUGGCCUGCCUCGGGGUCAGCUGCGUUCUCUUCAUCAUUGCCAGGUUUACACCGUAUGAAUGGUACAACCCUCAUCCCUGCAACCCAGAUUCUGAUGUAGUCGAGAACAACUUCACUUUAAUAAACAGUGUUUGGUUUGGAGUUGGAGCCCUGAUGCAGCAAGGAUCGGAGCUGAUGCCCAAGGCUUUAUCCACCAGGAUUGUUGGAGGCAUCUGGUGGUUCUUCACUCUCAUCAUCAUCUCAUCAUACACAGCUAACCUGGCCGCCUUCCUCACUGUGGAGAGAAUGGACUCGCCUAUAGACUCGGCCGAUGAUCUGGCCAAACAGACCAAGAUAGAGUACGGUGCUGUGAGGGACGGCUCCACCAUGACCUUCUUUAAGAAAUCCAAAAUCUCCACCUGUGAGAAGAUGUGGGCGUUCAUGAGCAGCCGUAAGAACACGGCUCUGGUGAAGAAUAACCGCGAGGGGACAUUUUUACCUUUUCAUUCAGGUUUAUUUCAGAUCUGA